AUGGCAAUCCUUUGUAAUGGCAUCGUUACCGCUUUCAAGCUAGAGAAGAGAUUGCUUGCUGAAAAGGAGGCAGCGUCAAAAGUUGCAGCCAAAUUGGCUGAACUCAAACAUAAGCAUGAAUUGGAAGUCGAGGAGCAAAAGUUUAGGAAGGCGGAGCUUGAUGAAACACGCGAACUGUUAUCGAAGCACCAUGAAGCACUUGACAAGAUACAACGUGAGAGAGCGGACGACUACAUUGUAAGCAUGGUGCUCCUGUGUUAUCCGUUCCAGUGGUACAGGUAUCUUCUCUGUGAUGGCUUGCCGAAUCCGAUCAUUGAAAAAGAGAUCAAUACGUACAUGAGUCUCUGGCGAACAAAUGAGGACCGCAUUUCAAUGGAUGAUGUUAUGGUUGAUAGUGUAAACGCCAUGAAGCUCAUCGACGAGCUCCAAACACUCAUUGCAGAUUUGGAUGAAAACUACUCUGAGUUAGAAAGAUAUCGUAAGGUUAUGCAGGAGCUGCGAGAACUUGUUCAAGAGAAGGUGAACAGGGCAUGUGUUGAAACUCUAACCAAAGCUAGUCAUUUUGCUGAUCCAGAAAGUGCUAAUCUCCAGAAAUACUGGCAUAAUAAUUGGCUCUCCUUGUGUAUAUGGGGAAAUCUUUCAAAGAAUCCUAGAAUAAAGCAGUACACCUUUGAGGAGACGGGAAUUACAUUCAGCAUUCCUCGACUACUAACUUUAUCGGAUUGCGCCUUUCGAAUUGUGUUUAUGAAGUUUGAUACAUAUUCUGUGACCUCGUUGUCAUAUCGACCUAGAGUUUAUACUAGCUCAGAAGAGAAGACGUCUACCACUGCCACCAUCGAAGGUGUUCGGAAAGGUUUGGCGGAAAGCUCGCUCGUGGGAUUAUCUGGAAAGUCUAAAGAUGCUGUGUACAAGAAUGAAAGAGGCAUGUCCGGAAGGUCGGAGGUGAACGAAGAGCAAGAAAAGAAGGCGGAACGAAAGGCGAGUGAAGGCGAUGAAAAAGAGAAGUCUGUUGGUGCAGUCGAUGCUUCUAAACUCAACGCAAAGUUCUCUAUGAAUUUUUUCGACCUUUUGGAUGAGGGACAAAAAAGGGUAGAGGAAGAAGAGCAUAAGGAGGAAGACGAGAUUGUUGAAAUACCAGAAGAUCGUGUGGAGACUCCAACCAAGCCUUUAUGGAAUCCCGUCCCCUUGCCGGAGGAUGCAAUCGACCUCUGUGACUAUCACGUCGUAGGCGGAGUCUUCCAGUUUGACUUGCUCAAACUUCCACGGCAGCCUCGCAUGGGUCGUGGCUGGCAAUGGACUAAUUGUGUUGUACCUCCCCUUCUUGCACCCUUCGAGUACAUAGUCGAUACUCCUCAAUUGGAGGAUGAGAGGACAAGAUCAGAUACAGAGUCGGAAGGGAAAGGAGAGGAGACAAAAGAAGAAGAAAGAGAGGCAGAGGGGGUCGAGGAAACAGAGGUGGAGGAGAGAGAGGUAACUACUCCCAAUACCAAUGGAGCUGGUGUGCCAGUAGAGGGUAAUGCUGAUGCUACCUUGGAUCUUCACACACCUGUGUCCAAUAUAAAGACAGUAGAUGCUCCAGAGCCGAACCCACCUGUGGAGGUUAAGCUACGCUUGCCCAACUGCCUCAUCAUCCCUGAGGAGCCCGUGUUAGCUUGUUGGGAUCCGGAAAAUUUGAUAUGGCGAACUAAUGGCAUUGUGAUCAACCAGUUUACUCCUGAGCUGAAUGAGAUUUCCUUUAUAACUGCUGUAUUCGGUACAUUUGCUGUCUUUCAGGACUUUCACCUGAACAUGCCCUUUCAGUACUGGGAGAUGAGACCGCUCCCCAGGCGAGUCGUCAAGACACAAUCACAAAUGCUCGAGGUGGUGGCGACCACCUCCAGCGACGAAGAUAUGGAGCCUUUGCCUUUAGACUCCUCGACCUCACCGGGGCCAGUCACUACGGCGCAACAGCCACCUCGUCGAGCCUCUCAUUCGGUUCUGGCACCUCAAGCACCACCACUAUCGCAGCCACUUGCAUUGGUAGUUGCAGCGAAACCAUCCGAGGCGGCAACAACGAAGGGCGGCGAGGUGACAUCGGUUGCCCCAAACGAUGAUGGGGGAGAGGCGGCAGCGGCCUCUCCACCUCAAUCACCGUUGUCACAGCAGUUACCGGCUCAAACAGACGCCCUUGGUCCCUUGGACUCCAUGGGAGUGCCAGAUGAAAUCUUUCUAGCCGACAAGACUGAAGCUGAUCAGUGCCUCAUUACCAUCACUGGAGCUUGUAUUCGAGUUCACCUUCAUGUACUGGACGACCGGGUGGCUAUCGUAGCGGAAGACCCGAAGGCCAUCUUAGAUCCCAUUAAGAUAGCAGAGGAAGAAGCAGCAGCAGCAGCAAAGGCGGCCGGAGUGGCACCGGCUCCUGCUCCAGUUCCCGAUGAGGCUGUUGAUGAGACUGCCAUUGCUGCACCGUCUUCUACGCGGCGACGCUUUGGCGGUGGGGGAGCAGCGGGACCGCGAGCAAGUAGAGUCGGAGCCGCCGGCGCUAUUACUGAAGAUGUGCUUGGUGGACGGUUGGAACUUGAGCACCUUACGGGACGCUGGUUUACUCCCGAUGAGCUCAUCUGUGUGCUCACGGCCUCAGGAGUCAACAUCUUUCCCCGGCCCGACUCAUGCACGCGUGUGGAGUGCAUUGAGAAGAACCCAUUGACGGAGCAGAGGUUGUACGAGCAAAUGGCCCUCCUAAGCCCGGUGAUGGCCUUCGGGUGGUCUCAUUGGAAUUCAGCGUGUCAAGAUCCCAACAACAUUAUUCUUGUCGGUACUGAACACCUCGACGAUGAUGGGCCCGUAGACGAGGUAGCCAGCUACCAGGAAGAUCGCUGGAGGGUGUACUCAAUGAACCGAAAGUACGUCUAUCAAUUGCAGAUCUCCGAAUCCGAUGACAAAUUCAGCCCCGAUGUGCAUCCGACACUUCGCCAACAUGCCGACUUUUACCACAUGUACAUGGAGAUUGGCUCAGACAAGGGAAAGGAGCGUGUUCAAGGAAUCCAAAGUCGCUACUUCAAGACCGUGCAUCGGAUCUUGAAAUCAAUAAGACUACCUGUGUUUUCAUAA